GUUACAUCUAGUAUUCCACAAAUAUACAGCGUCAAGCGUCUCAGCCGUUAUACUCAAACUCGGCUUUCUGCGCUUCCGAGUUUUGACAAUCCUUUCGUGCUUCGCCGUGUUCUGGUCGAUAUGCGCAACCUGAUGCCUAUGCGACCAGUCUCUUUGCCACCAAUGUCAAUCGGUGCUUUAAGUUCUGUAGGCAAAGAUAUUUCAAGCGCCAAGAAACCUUGCGGGAAUGCCGAACAAUUUUAUACGGAAUCAUCUCCGUCCAGGUAUUCUUCUUGGAGUUCAAUGCCAUCUGCUGGAUGUUCUUAUUUAGCACCGUUGGCCUACCGCCCAGCCAGCACAAUGACUGCGAUUUUACCACUAAUUCGGCACUGUCAAAAGUGUGGCUCUCAGCGUAUUCGCUUUAUUUUGGUCGAGCGGCCGCCAUUCUUCGAGGCUAAAGAAGAAUUAGCUUCUACAGACGAUUGGCUUCGACAUCGUAAAGUGCGCCCCAAAAAAGGGAAUUAUUUCUUCGAGAAGCAGGUUAGUUAG